AUGCUGCGCAUCUAUGUGCGCGGGUGGAUCGUAAAGGCAUUUGGAUGGGAUGAUGGAGCUAUGGUAAUUGCACUGCUAUUUUACGCCAUGUUCUGCGGAACCAUGAUCGGAGGCACGCUCUAUGGCACAGGCUACAAGUUCGAACACCUCCCCGUCGAAAAUCGUCGCAUCGCAAUGAAGUACUGGUGGCUCUGCGAGAUCGCCUAUUGCUUUGCCUCCGUUGGAUGCAAGAUUUCCAUCUGCAUCUUCUUAAUGCGCAUCACCGUCAAACGCAUUCAUAUCUGGAUCCUCUAUGUCAUCAUGGUCUUGACCGUCAUAGCAGGCCUGAUUUUCAUGUUCCUCAUGCUCCUCCAGUGCAGGCCACUGGAAUACUUCUGGACUCGGGUGGCCGAGGAUCCGGCUAUCACAGGAAAAUGUAUGGAUGUGAAGAUCAUAGUUAUGAUGACCUACAUUUACAGCUCAUUUGCCGCACUGUGUGAUUUCACCGUCGGCUCGUUGCCCGUCUUCCUCGUCCACAAACUUCACAUGAAGCGCCAGACCAAGAUCGCUGUCGUGGGCAUCUUAAGCAUGGCCUGCAUUGCUUCGGCGGCCGUGAUCGUCCGUUUCCCCUUCGUCAAAACAUUCUAUGACCCCGAUUUCCUCUACGCAACCUAUCAAAUUGCCGUUUGGUCUAACAUCGAAGCAGGCCUCGGUAUUACCGCCGGUAGUCUCGCAACGCUCCGACCCCUCCUCCGCGCCUGGACCGGCUCUAAUUCAGACCCAUACUACUCCUCUAGACUUCCGGGCGGACGCUCAAGGUCUGCCUCGCGCCCAUUGGGCGGUGGUGAAAAUGGUCCCUUUCCGUUAAGCUCGCUGGACAGUAGCGUGCAGUCUCGCCUGAGACCGGAUAAGCUUGCGGUCACUGUCACAACUAUCCAAAGCCAGCGCCAGAGGGACACUGACGAUGCCUAUAGCACGAGCCCGAGUAGCAGCGAGGAGAGGUUGACUAUUGAUCGGCCUUCGCCUCGGUUGCCAGAUGUUGGGUUGGGGAUUCAUCGCACAUUUGAGGUUACGCAAAUUUCAUCGGAAAGGGACGAUUCAGAAAGGAAAGUUGUCAGGGAACAUGUAUAA